AUGCCACAUUCAUAUCGAUACACGGCCGGCGUGCCGCAGCUGUCGACUAAGCUGUCGGUGGUGAUAUUGGUAGCUGCUGUUGUUGCGACGGUGCCAAGAGCCGUCAGUGCGGAUCAAGCCCUUCUGAGAUGUGCUUUCCACAACAUCACGGUGCCUGUAGAGGAUGAAGUUACUGAAGAUUGCAAGAUCGAAACUCCCGGUCACGGACCGUCGUUCUGUUUCGUCUUAUUCAGUCGAAACAAGGUUACUCAGGAGUAUGAGGCAUCUAUGAGAGGUUGCUGGCAAGGAGGCGAGAAUCAGUGCGUUGAAGGCGCGCACAGAGAUCCGGAUAUGGGCGCGUGCUACAAUCGGAAGAACAACGGAGCGACGAUGUUGUUCUGCUGUUGUCUGAGCUCGGGAUGCAAUCGGGAUUUCAGCCCUCUGCCUCCGAUGCAGACGAGGACCGAAGACGAAGAUAUCGAACCGUCUCUGAAGAAGCUCGCCGAUCGAAGCGCAUCCAAGGCACUCGAAACGGGCGGAAUCUCGUUUAUCUACAUCAUUCUGGCGAUCGGCGCUCUGGGAGUCGGUACAUCUUUGACCUACCUGUCGGUGCUCGGAUUCCGGAAGCAUCGUCAGAUCAAAGACGCCCAGAUGCAUUUCGGCUAUGACAACAAAUUCAGCAAGGGUGCACAAGAGCACCCGGGCUCGAUGCUGCAACUUGACAACGUCUCGCUGUUCGAUCUGGCCGCACAGGGCCGAUUCGGUGCCGUUUAUCGAGGUCGAGUGGACGAUACUCAGGUUGCGGUGAAGAUCUUCCCGGCCGGGGAGCGACAGAGUUGGGAGAAAGAGCUCGAAGUGUACCGCUUGCCCCAAAUGGAGCAUGCCAACAUCCUCAGUUUCUUCGGGACGGGUACAAAGAUAAACCCUCAAACCGGUCUUACUGAGUACUGGCUCCUGACCACCUGGCACGAGCAGGGCAGCCUCUACGAUUUCCUGUGUCGGAACACGAUCACCUACGAGCAACUCCUCCUGUUGGCCGACUCGAUCGCCAAGGGUGUGAUGCACAUCCAUACGGAUAUCCCAGCCUCGGCCACCCACGGUUAUAAACCAGCCAUGGCUCACCGGGACAUAAAAUCGAGGAACAUCAUCCUAAAAGACGAAUCCACUGCCUGUAUAGCCGAUUUCGGUCUCGCAAUCGUUUUCGAAUCCGGAGCGAACAUCGGUGAAGUUCACGGCCAGGUUGGCACACGUCGCUACAUGGCACCCGAAGUUCUAGAAGGCGCCAUUUCGUUCGAUCAAGAGGCGUUCCAGAGAAUUGACAUGUAUGCCGUCUCUCUUGUUCUGUGGGAGAUGCUCUCCAGGACAAAAGAUUGCGAUCCGUUCCCGAAAUGCAGAAUGCCCUUCGAGGACCAGGUCGGCCAACACCCGACUCUGGAAGACAUGCAGGAAACGGUCGUCAACAGGAAGUCAAGACCUCCGAUCCGCGAGAGUUGGCGCCAGAACAGCAAACUCUCGCUCCUCAUAUCCACGCUCGAAGAGUGCUGGGACGCCGAUGCCGACGCUCGUCUGAGCGCUUGCACCGUACACGAGAGGCUGCAAUACCUCAUAGGGAACCUCGAGCCGGUCGAAAAGAAACCCGUCGAUAGCGUCGAUAGCGAAUGCACGGCUCUGCUGCAAGGAACAGAGAGCUCAGACACCUUCGAGAUGCAACAGAUGCCCUAA